GUUUACGUGACCGUUCCGCCUCCUCAAGCUUUACCACGCCCCUUUCUACACGAAAGCAUGGCGGGAGAAACUGAUGUAGGAAGUAGGAUAGUUUUCGUGUUUAAGCAGGUUUUCAUCAGGAUAAAUCAAUUGGUUGUUGAAAGUUACUAUACUUCUGACUGCAGAUAAAAUUGCCAUGGAUCAAAAUGCUUUCACCGAAGUAAAAGGUUGGACAAGAACGAGGGAGGCUAUUGCAGAUUUUCGUAAACUUUUGCUCUGUUCAAGAUGUUUGAAACUCAUGAACGAACCAGUGUGCCUCGGAAUUUGCGAACACAUGCUAUGCAGGUCUUGUGCUGGUCCUCAAGCUGGAGCUGGCUGUGUGGUUUGUCACAGCCCUGCCUGGGUGAAGGAUAUCCAGAUCAACAGGCAGCUUAGCAACAUCACAGACCUCUUCUGCAGUUUGGACUCCCUGCUCAACCCCACAGAGAACUCAGAUCCCUCCCCUGUUGAGCUUGAAACGCAGCCUUCGAACUCUGUCUUGAAGCAAAAGAAAAACUACAAGAUAUGGUUCAGUCCUCGCAGCCGUAAGGUGCGUUGCCGCUUGGAGAACCGCACGGAUGCUGAUCUCUGUGCAUCAGGCGGCACGCCCGAGAAACCUACCUCGACAUCAUCCGAGAUGACCUCAACCAAGUCUAAAGACCUGUCCAUCUACAACUUCAAUUCCUCCUCACAAGACUCCGACCCCUCCUCUCCCAAAAGAGGCAAAGGGGUUGUUAGCAAAAAAAGGAAACCGCAAAAUGCAGUCAGAAAACCUGCAGCAGGUGGGAACAAGCCAACCACUCGCAAGCAGACCAAGCAGGCUUUCAAAAGGAACAGGCUGGAGGCCAUUAACGAGCAGUGGGGAAUUGGGAUUGGGGGAGAGACCCAAGGGGAGAAGAUCAGUUCAGGAGAGGGAGACCACAUGUCCAACAAGAGGGUCUCCUUCCUAAGCCCUGCUAUCUUAUCAGGUGAGAUGCAGCCGGAACCGCCUCAAGGAGAAUCCAUAGUCCUCAGCCCCAAUAGAAGCAUCCUAAAGGGGGCUCAGACAGAAAACGGUGUCCACACAUCUGAUGACCAAGACCAGUCCAGUCAGAGUCCACUUACCAGCCCAUUUUCACUGGUUAACCUGUCCAAAAGUCCCAAAUCAAGCCAGAGAGGUGUGGAAAAGGACCUUCCCCGCUCUCCUAAGAUCACCCCCAAGAGAGCCAGAGUGGCAGAAAGAGGCAGAGCUUCACAGAGCACCCCAAAGCGCCCCAGGACUUCUACCAGCCAGGGUCGACGCCCAGAAGGACAGAGGACACCAGUCCAGCCCUCUCCAUGCUCCCCAGCCAGCCCCAACCAGGGAAGGAUGACUAGAAAUGCCAGAGGAGAGCUGAGAGGGAGCCCAGGUUCCCCGGCCUCCGUGGGGAAGCGCUCCCCAGGUACCCCUGGUGGGUCUGGGGGAAAGUCUUCCCAGAGCAGCCCUGCUUUUAUGAAGAGGAACUUCAAGGGAGAGACGCCUCUGCAUCUGGCAGCUAUAAAGAUGAUCAGACAGCCUUCUCAACCCUGUGAGAAUACCCGGCUUUCUAUAAUCCCUGUAAACACGGUUGUAAUCCCUGCUUGGAGCCCAUACAAGGGGGAGGUGGAGGCUGUGAAGGAGCUGUUGGAGCAGGGAGCCGACCCUAACUUGAAGGACAACGCAGGCUGGACACCACUGCACGAGGCGUGUAACCUGGGCCACCAGCGCGUGGUGGAGGUUCUGCUGAGGGAGGGCGCUCUGCUCAACACCCCGGGCUACGAGAACGACUCGCCCCUGCACGACGCGGCCAGGAACGGCCACGCGAGCAUCGCCCGGCUGCUGCUGGAGCACGGAGCCUCUCAGAGUGUGCUGAAUAUGUUUGGGCUGCGACCCGUGGACUGCGCCGUGAGCCCAGAGAUGCAGGCAGUGUUCGAAGCAGCCUCGAAAGGACCCCACCCGGCAUCCGCCCCACUCAGUCCUCUGCCCAGUCUCUACAAGGUGUCUGAUGGCGCGAGCAGGGAUGAGCGUGUUGUGGUUCUGGCCAGCAAGCUGUCCAAGUCGCAGCACAUUCGGCUGACCAAACUGAGCCAGACCCUGGGAGGGACCGAGGCCGAAUCAUUCUCAAGCUCAGUGACCCACGUGGUCGUGCCAGACGGGCCGAUGCCCACCACCCUGACCACCCUGCUGGGCGUCCUCAGUGGCUGCUGGGUCCUCGGGUUCAGCUGGGUGGAGAAGAGCCUGCAGGCAGCCAGCUGGGCUGAGGAGACCGAACACGAGGCAGAAGGACCCCAGCGCAGCCGCAUGAACAAGCGGAGCCUGCUGCCCCCGCUGUUCGACGGCUGUUUCUUCUUCUUCCUGGGCUCCUUUAAGAACCCCCCCAGGCAGGUGCUGCUGCAGCUGGUCAGAGAGGGAGGGGGCCAGGUGCUGAGCAGGCAUCCCAAGCCCCACAGUGACGUCACGCAGACCCUGAACGCUGCAGCCUACCAUGCCCUGCCAGGGUCGGACCAGGCCCUCUGCACCCAGUACAUCAUCUACGACCCCCAGGGGUCCUACAAGCCGCCCAGAGUGCGCCUGGGUAAGGUGUGGUCCGCUCCCUCUUCCUGGAUCAUCAGCUGCGUCUCAGCUUUCCAGCUGCUCCCUGUCUCUUGAGGCGUGGACCUGCUACCUGGGGCUUGGAGCUUCCAGACUUCCACCAUAUACUUUGUGCCUAGCUCUUCAAAUGACUGGGACAUGUGUUUAUGGAAGCUUCUGUCCUGGCUGCACAAUAAUGACAGCUCGGUUGAAACAUUCACAGUCAUUUUCUGUGGUUUAAUGAAUGGGAACCAUCUAACUCGGUGUGCUUUCAUUCUUUACAGUAGACUAGUGCUUAAGGCAUUAAGGCAUGUUGAUCUUCAUUUGGAAUGUUUUUCAGAUUUGUGACUUCCUUAAUUCUGUGUGACAAUGUUGGCCACAUAAUGAAAGGAAGAGUUUCAAUGAAGCUGCACAAAAACAGUACAAUGGAAUGCCCUUAAAAAUAAAUAGUCAUGUUUUGUUCCAA